AGAAUCACAAGGUCUUGGAAGGUUGCCUAGACAACCAAGCCCAGGCCCCACCCACAGUGCCUGGCAACUAAGGCCAGUCAGAGGUGCAGCAGAAAAUGGCUGAGCCUCCAGAUGAAUCCUUGAACCAUGAAAGCACAGCCCAGACCCCAGAUAACCAAAAGACCAACACAGAAGGAGCAGGCCAGGCCCUUCGCAAAGGUUCUGGGGUUGGAUCAUCCGAGCCAACAUCCGGCCAAGCUGCUAAUGCAGGUUCUAGACAGACUGACCGAAGGACUUCUGAAGAGGCAGAACGAAGAUCUUCUCAGCCAACCGAGCACAGAUUGUCUGGCCAUGCAGAGAGGAAAACAUCUCAGCAGGCGGAGCGUAGACUAUCGGAGAGAAGAACUUCACAGCCACCUAAUCAGCAACUUCUCAGCCUCUCAGAGAGGAAAAACUCUGAGAAGAUAGAUGGCCAAGUAUCUUUGCCAUCUAGUAGGAAAGCUUCUGAGCAGACUGACCGAAAAUCUUUGGAACAGGAUGACCUGAUUUCAUCAGACGACGCUGACUACUUAUCAGAAAAGAGUCAACAACAAGAAAACAAGCAAGCUAGGUACUCGACUGAUGACUUGAGUGAUCAACACAGACUUAGUGAGGUUAUGGAAAAGGACUAUGCCCAAGUUAAACAUACAACAGAAAAACAGGCUGGCUACCGCUCCUACUACAAAACCCUUGCCCACGCUGAGAGCCAAUCCUUAACUGAUAUCCAAGACAACAUAAAAGCUGAUGAAAGAAUACAGCCUUGCACAUUUGAAAAUAGAGAAACAGAGCUCCUAUCCAAAGUUUCAGCUACAGAGGAAACAGAAAGUUCAACCACUAUCCAAGGCUACACCACACACGAUACUGAAUUAACUGCCGAGACCCAAUCCUCGCACGAAAAACUUCCCUACAUCACAACCAAAGUGUACUAUUCCUCCAGUCCAGAAAAAAUUCAAACCACAGAAUACACUUCUGAUGUCUCUACAGAACGUGAGCAAAAGAGGAGUUCUCAAAGAUCCAGUUACAGGCAGCGGUUCCCUCCGCUCGUUUUUGAUGACCCCUAUCAGAUUGCACUCCACUACAUGGAGAAGCACAAUAUUCUUCAGAUAUUCCAGCAGAUCACUGAAAACCUAGUCUAUGAAAGGCCAGACGACCCGCUGCGUUUCAUGCUAGACCAGGUACAGGACAUGAUCAGAUACAGAGACGAAAGGCUGGGUGAAUGAAGACAGACAUCUCAAGCACUGCUUACUGUCAUCUGUGGCGCGACUGUAUUCUACUUGCUCCCACUUGAAAAAUGUGUUUUCAGUAGGCAUCGGCGGUAACUCUGCCUAAAUGUGGUCUUAAUUUGUAGGUCAGAAUAUUAUAUAGAGUGCCUUUGUAAAUUUCACAUAAGAAUUAUAGAUACCUCUGGAUAAUCACACAAAAUAUACACAUUACGGCUU